GGGCGGGCGCGCACCAAGUCUCGGGCGUGGGCGGGUGCGGCGCCGCCUCCUCGCGGGUUCCGUUAGGUGGGGACGGGUGGCCGUUCGCCCGCAGACGUUCUCCGGGAGCUGCCGACCAUGGAUGACAAAAAGAAAGUCACAGCACCCCUUAUCUAUGCUGUUUGCAUUGCUGCCAUUGGCUCUCUUCAGUUUGGGUACAACACUGGUGUCAUCAAUGCACCUGAGAAGAUCAUCCGAACGUUCUUCAACAAAACCCUGUCAGAUAGGAGUGGGAGGGCUGUCUCCCAAGAGCUCCUUACCUCCCUGUGGUCCCUUUCUGUGGCCAUCUUCUCAGUAGGAGGUAUGAUCGGCUCCUUCUCAGUCAGUGUGUUUGUCAACAGAUUUGGCAGGAGGAACUCCAUGCUACUGGUGAAUGUCUUGGCCUUUGCUGGUGGCCUUCUCAUGGCCUUCUCUAAGGCGGCAAAGGCAGUGGAGAUGCUGAUUAUUGGCCGUUUCAUUAUUGGUGUCUUCUGUGGUCUCUGCACUGGCUUUGUGCCCAUGUACAUCAGUGAAGUCUCGCCCACCAGUGUCCGUGGAGCUUUUGGCACCCUCAACCAGCUGGGCAUUGUUGUGGGCAUCCUGGUGGCUCAGAUAUUUGGCCUGGAGGGAAUCAUGGGGACUGAAGCACUUUGGCCACUGCUUCUGGGGUUCACAGUCCUCCCAGCAAUCCUGCAGUGCGUGGGUCUUCUUUUCUGCCCUGAGAGCCCCCGUUUCCUAUUGAUCAACAAGAUGGAAGAAGAGAAAGCACAAGCAGUUCUCCAGAAGCUCCGUGGUACACAAGAUGUGUCUCAAGACAUCCAGGAGAUGAAAGAAGAAAGUGCUAAAAUGUCCCAAGAAAAAAAAGCCACUGUGCCAGAGCUCUUCCGUUCUCCAAACUAUCGUCAAGCCAUUAUCAUUGCCAUCAUGCUGCAGCUCUCCCAACAGCUCUCAGGCAUCAAUGCUGUAUUCUAUUAUUCAACUGGGAUUUUUGAAAGAGCUGGUAUCAAACAGCCUGUGUAUGCCACCAUUGGAGCUGGCGUGGUGAACACGGUCUUCACUGUUGUGUCGCUCUUCCUGGUGGAGCGUGCAGGGCGCAGGACCCUCCAUUUAGUUGGUUUGGCUGGCAUGGCUGUGUGUGCUGCUGUUAUGACUAUUGCUUUAGCUCUGAAGGACAUUUUGGAAUGGAUCAAAUAUAUCAGCAUUGUUGCCACUUUUGGCUUUGUGGCUCUUUUUGAGAUUGGCCCUGGCCCUAUCCCAUGGUUCAUUGUGGCAGAACUCUUCAGCCAGGGCCCACGGCCUGCAGCCAUGGCUGUGGCUGGGUGUUCCAACUGGACCUCCAAUUUCUUGGUGGGAAUGCUCUUCCCCUAUGCAGAGAAACUGUGUGGCUCCUAUGUCUUCCUCAUCUUCCUUGUUUUUCUGGUCAUCUUCUUUGUCUUCACAUUCUUCAAAGUGCCGGAGACCAAGGGCAGGACUUUUGAAGACAUCUCCAGGGGCUUUGAAGGACGAGCAGCAUCCAACCCUGCAUCCCCUUUAAAGAACCCCAUGGUGGAGCUGAACAGCAUACAGCCUAACAAAGCCUAAGAUUUCUGAAACACCCAUUCUUCAACUCUCACAUACCUAAAGAGUCAUUAAAGGAAUGAGCAAAGAAAACCAUGAGAACUGGGACAUUUUUCCCCUCCUCAAUUGCUGCUAUUUUCUUCUUUUCACCCACAUGCUUGCCCAUUGUGCCAGGCUUACCAGCAUUAAGUGAAUCUGAUAUGGGUGGUCUGCCAUACUGGAAAGCACCUGGCACUUGCAAAAAUAAUCUCAUCUUUCCUGUCAAACACCAGGAGAACAGAGAAGAGCUGGCAAUGUUUUUUGCUUUCCUCACAUCAAAUUGCCAUUUGGGGUUGACAUACUUAUGCACACAGUGACCAUUAUGUAUUUGAAUUACUAUUUUUGUAGUGAGUUAAAGUGACCCACUAAACAAGUCCCCAGCCCUUUGAGUCUAUCUUGUGUGCGUGUGUACAGUGUUACACUGGAAUUUAGCAAGCCUACCAAAAAGCCAGGUUGCUUUUUCCUAUCCAGUGUGCACUUUUUUUAGCCUCAGGUAAAAGGGGACCAAGUCACAUGCAUAUUUUUCCUGCUCUUUUAUUUUUUUUUUGUAUAGACAAACUGAAAGCAUACUUUUACUUCAGUUUAUUUAUUUGUAUGUCACUUUGUAAAUAUUUAUUUUUUUAAUGGUGUACAAAAAUGUACAGAUAAAGAAAUUGAGGAAGUUUAAAAGAAAUAGCUAUUCUAACAAAAGAUGCUGUAGACUUGAGGUGCAAUAAGGACUGUAAAGGAGGUAUGUGAUAC